GUAUGGACGCCAAUAACGGGAUUGUCUUAUGAUUAUAUUUUGGGGUUUUGCUGGCAACAGAAUCGUCUCCAUUCCUACACCUCGCCACCUUUUCAAAACCCACUCCCACUUUUUCCCCCUAUAUUACACUUCUCUUUCUUGUCUUUCUCUUCCUCAAUACAGCGGUCAUGUCUGAAGAAGCAAGCCAUGGAAAUCUGUGGCAAAACCAUUCUUGUGAUUUCUUGAAUUCAGAUAGUAAUUCAGGUGGUAGUGGUGGAGAAAAGUUGGGGGAAAAGCCACCUGAUUCAAGCUCUAAUAGCCCCGUUGAGAACCGACAGGGUAUGGCACUGGUGGGUCGGAAGCGAGGCAGGCGUGCAAAGGCUAGUGACGGUGGUGGUGGUGAAUCAGAGCAUGAGACUCACAUAUGGACGGAGAGAGAAAGGAGGAAGAAGAUGAGGAACAUGUUCUCUGGUCUUCAUGCUUUGCUUCCUCAAUUGCCUCCUAAGGCAGACAAGUCCACCAUAGUUGACGAAGCAGUGAACUAUAUCAAGACCCUUCAAAACUCUCUUAUAAAACUUCAAAAGCAAAGGCAUGAAAUGCAGCAGGGUGCAACUGCUGUUGACUGUGAACAAUCCAUCAUCACAUCCCAAGCAUUAGCUCCGGACACGAGAGAAACAUCUUUGCCCGCAGGUGAUAGAUCAUUGAAGAACUACUUCUCACUGCCCACAAACAAGCCAAACUUGCUUUCAGUACCUUCUUCUUCAUUGUGCUUCCAAACAUGGUUUUCUCCAAACGUUGUGGUGAGCAUGUGUGGCAAUGAUGCGCAUAUCAGCGUGUGUUCAUCAAGGAAACCCGGGUUGCUAGCCACCAUCUUCUACAUACUGGAGAAACAUAAGCUGGAUGUGCUGUCUGCCCACAUUUCCUCCACUCAGCAGCGCAGCAUUUACAUGAUCCAUGCCCAUGCUAGUGGAGUUUCAGAUGAUCAACUUCCAAAGGGAUUGACAGUGGAGGAAAUAUUCAAGCUAGCUGUAGGAGAGAUGACCCUUUGGCUCUCAUCAUGUUAACACAAUUAAGAACAUCAUCCCAAAGGAAAUCGCUUGGUUGCCAUUCUUGAAGAAUUGAGGGGAGUACUUUCUUUAAAUUUGAUCAACGAAAUUAAUUUAUCUCAGUUUGCUCACUGUAUUGGGCUUGAUCCCUGGUAGGUUCAUUAGCGUGCUGCUCCAGAAGGUCAUCGGUUUUAUUUCUACAAUAAUUUGAUGUAGCAUGUGAAAGUGUAGAACAUAAUAAUACACAAUAACACUGGUUUUCACAAC